AUGGCGGAUUUCAGACAAAGUUCAAUGGAUUCUGCUCCCCCUACUACUGGCCAGUACCAAGGCUCCAAAGCUUUUGCAAAUGUUAUUCUGCAGCAGAGCGAGUCAAUCAAUCCUAAUACAGGCACUCUCAACUUUUCCAAGUCGCUAGUCCACCUCCGUGGCGUACGAGACAGCAUCAACUGUCUCGUCGACAUCACCUACAAUCCCGGCGCUUUGGGAACUUUCGGCCUCCCUAGAGGAUGGGGACUCAAGCUGCCGCACGUGAUCCCAGGCGCCAGCGUCACUGCCGGCGGACGGACUUACGCCAUUGAUCUGCGCUGGGUUGAUUCCAAGGGAUACAUGUCCGGGUUGCGCUACCUCAACGACCAUGGCGUCAAGUUCGAGGUCAAGGAGCCCCCGCUUCCCCUGCCAUCGAAGAAGGACGGUCUCUUCACAUACCGGAUUCUCCAUGGUGACGGGUCUGUCGAUUACUUUGAUGCUACCGGCCUGCCUAUCGAGCAUGAUGAUGUCUUUGGCAACCGCAUCCACUACAAAUACAUCUCUAGGGGCGGUCCUCAGCAGGCGUUGCUCGACUACAUCGAGGAUUCCUGGGGCCAGCGUAUCCAGUUCAAGUAUCAACCCGGCUCGCAGAUCAUUGUGAUUGGCCCUGAUCAAGGGACAACCACGAUAAACUUGGCCCAGCAGACAGGCGUCCUGUCGAUUGAGGAUCCUGUCGGAUUUGUCACGCGCUUUCACUACGAUAAGUCACCUGCCGGCGGCAACGCAAUAGUCAAGGAGAUCAGAUACCCCACCGGCCUAGCAACUCGCUUCUUCUACUCCAACAUGGCGUACCUUGACAGCACAGGCGUGGCGCGAGACAUGCCUAGUGUUCAGCGUUGUACCCGAGUUGAUGCCAACUCAAACAUCGUCUUGACACGCACAGAUUAUCACUUCGGCACGCUUUCCAAUGGCAACACGUUCACCGGGGCUAACGUUGGCUGUCGGAUUGGAGGUCUCCAAGAUAACUUGCUAGACGGCAACACCUUUUAUGCGCACUAUAAGUCUGUUGUGUCCCAUCUCUCCGAAUCCCCUACUGAUACAGACUUGCUGACGUUGAGCAACAGCAACAUCACAUCGACACAGAAGGACAUGUAUGACCCGUCCGUGGGGCGCUUCGUCCCACAGGCGACUUCUUCUACGCUUUACCAAGAAGUGACAUGGAAUGGCCACGCCAGCCAGAUGCCAAUCCAGGUGACUGAGACGGAUGCCAUUUCAAAAUUCGAGCGCUAUACUUUCCACACGUUAUCAAGCAAUGACAAGACGAUAACACAGACUGAUACCAGAUUCAGGGUCGAAUCUGCCCAGAACUCAGAGCUCCGCGACUGGAAGAUCUCGUCGUACACGUAUGAUAGCGAGGGGCGAAUGACGUCCAAAAAGAUUGCCUGGAUCACGCCGCCAACCGACGUGGAACGAUCAAGGAAGGAGGUCAGAACUGAGAUCGACUACGAGUUCCGCGACGGCACGCUCACCGAAACCACCAAAGAUCCUUCGGGAGCCAAGACCAAAUCAAUCUACGGCGUGCGCGUGACCUCAGGUCCAUUGAUCAGCAGGGUGAAAGCGAAGGGGGCCACCGAAAGUUUCGAGUAUGAUCUGCUCGGCAGACUACGCAAGCACACCGACUUUCUCGGUCAAGAGACGAACAUCCGCAACCCGGACCCGGCCUCUCCCUGUACUCAAAGCCGGACCGACCACUUCGGGUACACGAAGCGAACUACUUUUGACGCGCUCGGGCGCGAGAUAAGCGUCAUGGACAACGGCGAUCCUACCGUCGACGAGUCUACAGCUGCUGGUGGAGAGCCGACGCGCACACUGAGUCAAACUCGGUAUGACUGUCUGUCACAGCCGAAGGAGCAGACCGAUAACAUCGGUCUGGUGACAACGUUCCACGUCGACGCACUCAGACGUCCGCUCGAGACGACUGAUCCGGACGGCAACGUCACUUCGUACGAGUAUGAUGACGCGCAGGGGAAAGUCACGCAGCGUAUCAAUGGCGACGUUCGCCUAGUCACCUUUACAGAUGGCAUGUCGCGAGUUAAGCGUCAGGUGCAGUAUCCGGACUCGGGGAGUGACGAUGCCAUCUGCUUGGAGAUGGUGACCCAUUACGACGGCUCCGACCGCAAGAUCCUUGAAGUCGCAGCUCAGAUACCUCUGGCGCAGAGACUUGACAACCCAGCGAGCGGACCGCUCAAAAAAAUGGAACUGGUCUACGAUUUCGAUGGCGCGGUUACUUCAAAGACCGAGACUGGCUAUAGGGCAGAUGGUUCACAGGACGUAGUGCACCGCAGGUACCAGCUCGAUCUGUUUGGAAACCGGCAAACGUACGUCAAGACAACGAGCUACGCCGGAGCAAGCGGUCUCGAGAACCAUGGGCCGAUUCUGGUAUAUGACGAGUCGAACAGGUUCACAGAACUGCGGAACCAGCUUGGAAAUGUCGAGACGCAUGAGUACGACGACGACGGCAACCUCAUUCUGACUAGGCGCUUCGACAAAACGAGACUCACGUAUGAGUACGACGCAGCUGGGCAAGUUGCGAGUUCCUCCUCCCCGUCGGGGACUACGAGGAUGGCAUACCUCGCGAUUGGCAGAGUCUCGCUUGUUCAUCGCGACAGGCAGGAGAAAGAGUAUGAGUAUGCUCUUGACGGGACACUUUUAUCAAUCAGCAACAACAACAGCAACAACAGCAACGACGGUCCCAACACAACGCAGAAGUACACUCUAGACAAGUUCUCCCGCGUAAUAGCCGAGACCGAUGCCUUCCACGUGGUUCGGGAGACAGCAUUCGACGAGCAAGGCCGCGUUUCGCGUCGCUCCUGCAAGGACGAGGUUUGCACCUCCAAGUACGACGUCGUGAAUCACACACGCGGCAUUCUCACAGAGGUACACUGGAGCGGAGAUAAGCACCACAGCCGCGCGCUGGCUUACGACGGCUUCGGCAGGGUUCGGCGGGAGACUGUCACCGACCAUCAAACAGGUACUGUGCUGCUGGACACGAUGUUCGUCCGGGAUGGCAAGCAGCAGCUCACGCGUGUCGAGUCUCAGUCUGAUGUCUCGCCCGAGCUUAACUUCAAGAGGGAGUACACGUACGAUGGAAUCGGACAGCUGAAGGAGGAUGCGGUGACGACGAGGAGCCCCACCAGGUCAGACGAAGAGGCAACAACGAGGACGAAAUAUGAAUAUGACGGCAACGCCAAUAUCGUCGUGGUCAACAAAGAUGGGGAGGAGAAGAAAAUGCAGUACAAUGAGAUUGACCAGCGAAUUGACGGGACAUUCAGAUAUGACGCCAAUGGCCGGUUGCUUGAGGACGGAGAAGGCAGAAUAUACACCUUCGACGACCAGGACCGUCUGUUGCACGUGAAGCAGACAAACGCGGACUCUGUGGUUGACAGUAAGUUCAGUUACUACCCGGACGACUUGCUGGCCCGCCAUGAGAGUCCUGACAAGGGGGUGUCGAUGUUCUGGGACGACUCGAAAGCCGUCAAUGGCAUCGAGACCACGUAUCAUGCUGCUCAAAACAGCCAGGACGAGGGCAGUGCCGACAGAACAUCCCUGCUCCUCGACAGCGAAGGACGGCUAGCAGCAGGGUACUCCGGCUCGGGCCCGCCGACCUAUCUCGUCGACCAGAACGGCUCUACGGCGCUGGCCCUGCGCGACAAGCAUGCCAGGGCUACGACGUAUGAGGCCUACGGUUCUGCCAAGAAGGGCAGCCUGACCGCUUCAUCGUCCAUACCAGCAGGCCGCUAUCCGUCGGAAACUACAUUAGCAACAACAACAACAUCAGCCGCAGUGGCGGCCUUAGGCUUCCGGCAGGAGUACUCAGACCAGGCCACAGGCCUUGCCUACCUGCGCUCUCGCUUCUACAGCACCGCACACAUGAGCUUCGUGUCCAUGGACGCAACACUGACCGAGAACCGCUACGCAUACUGCGCGGGGGAUCCAAUCAACCUGGCCGACCCGACCGGCCAUUUCUGGUCGACGGUGGUGCGCUGGACCGUGGGCAUCGUGGUCGCUGCGGCCGUGACCGCUGUAGCAGGGCCGGUCAUCGGCGCCGCGAUCGGGAGCGGGACGGCGGCGAUCCUGGCCACGGCGGCCCUGAGCGGCGCCGUGAGCAACUUGGCGGCAGGGGCGGCCGCCUCGCUGGUCGAGGGCAACGGCUACUCGCUCGGGCAGGCGGCCGUGGAUCUGACAGUCGGCGCGGUGACCGGGCUGGCGACCCAAGGCACGACGCUCCUGACGGCGACGGCGCUGAGCCAGGCCGGGGUCGGUGAGACUGUGUCGGCCGGCGCGUCGUGGGCGGCCGGGCAGCUGGGCGGCGUGGUGGCGGGGACGGCGACGGACAGCGCGCUGACGGGCCGCAGUAUCGACUGGGCCAGCGUUGCGGCGAGCGCGGCCACCAGUCUCGCCGUCAGCCGUCCGAGGAGCGGUGCCGGGGGGCUCAUAGCUGCAAGCAGGGGUGCAUCUCCGCGCUCCAGUAUCACUGCCGUCUCCAAUGGCAGCCGCGCUGCUUUUGGGGCCCGGAUGCUGCAGAAUGCAACCUCGAGACUGCCUUUGAAGGGCAGCUUUUCGUCGUCUCCACGGAGCUCAUUCGAGUCUUCGGUGUCGAGGGCGUCCACAGCGGACUCUUUCAGCGGUUCCAUGGGUGGUUCAUCCCCAGCUCAGUCGAACCCGCUUGCGUUCGUGGCGCUGCAGGCCAGGUUCUCGACGUUUUGCAAGCCAGAUGCAUUGGCCAACUACCGUCCGGACGACAGGGGUCCAUUGGGAGCCCCGUUCUUUCACGCCAAAGACCAAAGAUCACUAUUACACGUGCUAUUCUACGUGCCAAACUGCUUUGAGGACAAAGGCUAG